AUGUCAUACUUCCCAAGUGCGCACGACACCCCUGGUCAAGCGGGCUACUAUCCGCAGGCAGCCUACGGUACACCGGGCUAUGAGCCAGGCACGCAUGCAGCCUUGCAUGGUGACAUCGGCGGGCAUGGAGAUAACGUAAAGGAGAUGCUGUCGAACGAGGGAUAUGAGGACGUUGGCCGUUACACGCACGGCGGCAAACCCACUGUGUACAGGCAAGCUUAUCCGCCAUACCCUGAAUACAGCCAGACCUUGUCUGCGGCGCAAGGUACCGCCGGCUUCUUAUAUGCAACGCAAUCCCCGACUGUCGCGCCCGCUUCUCCGCUUCAGCCGUACUCGACCGAGCAAAGCAGAAGUGGGUACGCUGCUACACCGCCAACUGGCAGGCCGUACGCUCAGGCUAGCACGUACGGUCACGAGCAAUCACCACGGGUAGGCGAGAUACCACCGUCGAGAGCUCAGGCUGCUUUCGCACAAAGCGGGUUUCCCGAUGCCAGCCUAUACGUCCCGAAUCCUCAGAUAGUCCCAUCUCAUGGCCCACGUGAAUUGUCCAGCACUCUCGUGGGCGCGCUCGGGCCGCCAGCCGCGUCGACGCCAACAGCACGAAUCGAGAGCUCUCACCGUUCGAGUACCCUGCCACAUCCGGAUAUAGGUGUGCCGAUAGCGAGCCCGUCCUCGGAGUAUCCUUACACGGAGUACGGGUCGCCGUAUGCCGAAGACGUCGAUUUCCAGUUUGUUGUGGAGACAGGUUCGUCCGCUUCUGUAACUUCUGCCCGUUCAGCCCGUGGGCGCACCGAGCUGGAUGGCGCCGAAGACGCACCGCGAAAGCGCACGAACUCGAAGGCUCCCAAGAAGGAAGUAGGUUUCUUGGCUUGCUACUUCUGUCGGGGGAGGAAGAUCGCCUGCAAUGCGCCGCCAAAAGAUGCCGAGGAUAGAUCGUGCGAACAGUGCUCGAAGCGCAAGAUUCCUUGCGAAUAUCCCACCGUCUCUAGACGCGGCCAGCGCAACCUCAACGAGAAGAAGAGAGCUCAACCUGAAGAGUCGUUUGUGCCCAGACGAGUCCGCACAGAGUCUCAUAUGGCCAUGCAGGGGUCUGCGUCGGGCUACCCCUAUGGCAAUUAA